AUUCAGCAGUGAAAGUGAUAAGAGCUGUGCAGAGAGAAGAAAAGCAGCAAAGAACCUGUCAAACAUCAGAAGAUCAGAAAACCUCAGUUGUUAAAAGUUUGAUUGUUUUCUAAAAAUGAAGAUGACGAGCGACAAAAUCCCCAUCAGCCCUCUACUGGUUCUCCUGGCCUUGCUGUCCAUCACUGAAGGUACAAGUCUGCGGGGGUUGGGGGUGGAACUGCGCUGCCGCUGCAUCCAGACAGAAAGCCGUCUGAUUGGUCGUCACAUCAGGGAGGUGGAGAUCAUUCCGGCCAAUUCUCACUGUGAAGAAUCUGAGAUCAUUGCCACUCUGAAAAUAUCGGGCCUAGAGGUCUGUCUGGAUCCUGAAGCUCCAUGGGUCAAGAAAGUUAUUGAGAGGAUGAUGUCAAGCAGAAGACGUUUAAAUCUCCAAACAGAAUUGUUCAAUGCUGGGCUGUUUGUGGACAAGCACCAUCAGAAGUAGUAUUACCAUGAGGAGACAAGGUCACUGAAUUGUUGGUGUGGUUGACAGAAUAUUUGUGUUAUGUUCGUGGUGAAUUAGUGCCGGGCACUAUUAAGCUAUACCUCGAAUAAUUGUUGCAUGAAACAUGAAUAUGUUAUGUUUCAUUAUUAGCAUAUAUUUUUUAUAAGAGAGUUGUUUUAUCUACCUCUGAGGGAGUUUUCCCGUCUUUUCUCAAUUGUAUAACUUGGAAAAUGUUUAGAAACUUCUUGAAUUAAGUUUUGUUUGUUUUGUUGGUUUCCCUAUGUUAAUUUUACCCCCAACUGGUUAUGUGAACAUGGUUGUGGGUUACGCCAUAUUUCCAAGAAACUGACCACCAUUCGCAUGCCAAUGUCCCUUUGUUUUAAUUUAUGUUUUAACAUCCCGUCAUUAGUCACAUUCAAUCAGUUACAUUUUUGACAGUUCUGAAAAUACGGCUACAAAACGAUAAAUUCACGUCAAAAAGAGUACGACCUUUGCUGGAGACGUGAAACCCCGCCCCUCUCCCCGAAACCGCGAAGGACGUCGUCAAGGGCGUCAGUUUGUUUUUAGAAGUGGUGGGGACAAUAACCAUAAGCUUGAGUGUGGUUUGAAAAGUGCUGGGUACCCUUAUGUAAGCUAUUCAUCCAUUCAACGCUGCAUUACAAUAUGCUCUACAGUGUAUAGUCAGGUGUUGAAAAUCCUAUUCGAACAAUAAGUUGAAAACACAGUUUGUGUUUUGGCUUGUUUUGCAAAACUGCGUUGGAAACACCAUGGUAUUGGCUCGGGAUAUGUAAUACUAAUACACACAGGACAAAGAACAGUGUUGGCAAUUUAACACUUAUCUUGACAUCAACAAAGUUUACCAGACAAACAAUGCCAGACUGUAAAGGGGGUACGAAAUGAAACGAGGUACUGAGCAUCAGCCUUUUGAAGACGAGCAAGGGCUGCUGGUAGCAUAUGUUA